AUGCAAUCGAAGAAAGUCCGACAACGACAGGGAAGAAAAUCAAAUAAAUAUUCAUUUCGUAAUACGAAUAGUUUUUGUGCUUUAUUUGAAUCCAACACAAAUUCCAACAAUACCUAUCAAGAAACUAAUCGUAUAUUUGAAGUAAAAACUAGUGGAUGUAUCAAUCAAACAAAACAUAUGAAUCAAAAUGAAACAAUAACUUCAUCUUCUUCAUCAAUAGUAACAACUCUUGGUCAAAUUAAUCGAUCUUCAUCUUCAAUAGAACAAACAAGCUUUUCUGAUGCUGAAACAGAUAUUAAUCAUGGUAAUAUAUCUAGUGAUAUUGAUCAAGUUUAUUCAUCAUAA